UUACGUACUGUCAGAAAAAGUCAGUAUUCAAUUAAUCCUUCACGUCGGUAGUUCGAUAAAUCCUUUUGAUUCAGAUUUAAUUGUUGAUUGGCCGAUAAAACACUGAAGAUAAUAAUCUCGCAGAUUUUCAAAAAAAGUCGUCCGAUUAACAUCGCCGACUAGAUAUAAUCAAAAUGAUUUGGUUUCAUAUUUUUGACAAUUACUUAACAAUCCUUCUCAUCAGUUUAAACACAAUGUUGAUCACAGCUGAAUAUCCUGAACUUAAAUUAGUUAAUGUGGUAUUUAGACAUGGUGAUCGAACGCCCGAAAAAAAUGAAAUGUUUCCAUACGAUCCAUAUGUAAACUUUUCUUUUUAUCCGACAGGUCUCGGGCAAUUGACUGCGGAGGGCAAGAAACGCGAAUAUACAUUGGGAAAAUUUUUACGAUUUAGAUAUAACGAUUUCCUUGGCAAUUUGUACACGCCAAAACUCGUCGUAGGUCGUAGCACGGAUUUUGAUAGAACAAAAAUGUCUCUGCAACUUGUUCUUGCCGGCUUGUUUCCACCGAAAAGUUUACAACGAUGGCAUACUUCCUUAAAUUGGCAACCAAUUACAACAUCGUACAUACCACGUGUCGACGACAAUCUCUUUUUAGCCGAUGAAUGUCCGCAAUUUCUCGAAGAAUACAAUCGAAUAUUGAACUCACCCGAGGGACGAGAAAAGCUCGAUCAAUUUAAAGAUUUGAUGAACGAUUUGACAAAACUAACCGGCAUGAGAGUUGAGACAAUAGAUGAUCUUUUCAGUCUUUAUCAAACUUUCUUAUCAGAGUCUUCUAUGGGAUUGCUUCUUCCCGAAUGGGCGUACAGCUAUUUUCCUUAUGGUCCAUUGCUCGAUGGGAUGGUAGCUGUAUACAAUAUCAAUAAUUUCACUCCUUUGUCGAUGAGAUUAAAUGCAGGUCCAAUGGUUCGAGAUAUCACGGACAAUAUGAUAGCUGCACAAAAUCCAAUCGCUGCGCCGAAUACAAAAAUGUAUUUGUACAGUGGCCACGAAACCAAUGUUGCAAAUAUGUUGCAUGCGCUCGGCGUGUACAAACCGCAUGUACCAGAAUAUUCUAGUGCGGUUAUCCUAGAAUUGCAGCGAAUUGGGGAAAACUAUUACGUAAAGAUUUUAUAUUAUCAAGGGAUCCCACCGUCUCUCAAAGAACUCAAGAUUCCAGGUUGUGACAUAUUGUGUCCUUUCGAUCAGUAUCUGGAAUUUAUUGAAGACGUGAUACCGUCGGAUGAAGAAAUGUUUUGUGACAAAAGACAAACUCCACGGUUCGUUCACGAGGAAUAUCCUGCUGGUUUGCAGCAUAUAAUAUACAAUUUAAUUAAGAAAUCAAAAAUUGAAGGAAGCAUAACGCAGCGAGGAAAGAUGCGUGAGUAUGAGUUGGGGCAAGUCUUGCGGGAUAGAUAUAAUAAUUUUUUGGGAGAUUUAUACCUGCCAAAACUUGUCAUGGAUCACAGCUCGGAUUGUGAUAGAACGAAAAUGUCUUUGCAACUGGUUCUCGCCGCUAUAUUUCCGCCAAUAAAUGCCCGGCAACAAUGGAACCCAGUAUUAAAUUGGCAACCGAUUUCUACAACAUGUCUCGAAGAAUACGAUCGCGUACUCAGUUUGCCCAAAACGCAAAAAAUAAUAUUCCAGUUCAAGAAUCUAACGAGCGAAUUAACGAAGCUAACUGGCAAAAAGAUUGAAACGCCUUGGGACCUGUUUUACUUGUAUCAGACUUUUGCAGCAGAGUCGUCUAUGAAUCUGACACUUCCUGAAUGGGCGUACAAUUACUUUCCGAACGGUCAACUAUACGAUGCGGUCAUAGUUGCAUACAAUAUUUUCAAUUUUACUCCUUUAUUGAAAAAGCUACAUGCUGAAUGGCAUUACAUUUUCAGAUUAAGCGCUAGCAACAUGCUGUCGUUUCGUGUAUUCGCCAACUAUUUGCCGAUUAUUUUAACCAUCGGCUUAAACUCUCUUCUAGUCACAGGAGCGAAAUAUGAGCUUAAGUUAAUUAAUGUAGUAUUUAGACAUGGUGACCGGACACCUGACAACAAUGAAAUGUAUCCAAACGAUCCGCAUUUAAAUUGUUCUUUCUUUCCGGAAGGCCUAGGACAAUUAACUAAUCGGGGAAAGAUGCGUGAGUAUGAGUUAGGGCAAGUCUUGCGGGAUAGAUAUAACAACUUCUUGGGUGAUUUCUAUCUGCCAAAACUCGUCAUGGGUCAGAGUUCGGAUUAUGAUAGAACGAAAAUGUCUUUGCAAUUGGUUCUCGCUGGUUUAUUUCCGCCAAUAAAUGCCCAACAACAAUGGAACCCAGUAUUAAAUUGGCAACCAAUUCCUACAACGUAUGUGUCACGUCUUGACGAUAAUUUCUUCUUAUCUGACGAAUGCCCACAAUUUCUUAAUGAAUACGAUCGCGUACUCAGUUUACCCAAAACGCAAAAAAUAAUGUCCCAAUUCAAGAAUCUAACGAGCGAAUUAACGAAGCUAACUGGCAAAAAGAUUGAAAAGCCUUUGGACUUGUAUUCCUUAUAUCACACUUUUGUAGCAGAGUCAUCUAUGAAUCUGACACUUCCUGAAUGGGCGCACAAUUACUUUCCGGACGGGCAACUGUUCGAUGGGAUCGUAGCUGCAUACAAUAUUGCAAAUUCUACUCCUUUAUUAAAAAGACUAUAUGCUGGUCCGAUAAUUCGUGCCAUAUUGAAAAAUAUGCAAACUGCGAAAAAAUCAAAUCAGUCAAAUACUAAAAUUUAUUUAUAUGGUGGUCAUGAAACUAAUAUCGCAUCGUUGUUACACGCAUUCAACGUGUUCAAACCUCAUGUACCUGAAUACUCUAGCGCAAUUAUUCUAGAAUUGUUACAACAAAACGAGGAAUAUUAUGUAAAGCUUUUAAGUUAUCGGGGCAUUCCACCAAUCAUCGACGAACUUAUUAUCCAAGGUUGCGAACUAUAUUGCCCUUUCAAUAAAUUUUUGGAUUUAACUCAAGAUUUGAUCCCAUCUGACAAGGAACUGAUUUGCGAUAAAAGGCAGACUUCAGACUAUGCAAAUACACCAUAUCUUGUUUCUGUGGAAGGUACAAUGUACAAUCUAAUCGUAAGAUAAAUAAUAAUGCUAAUGUAAAUGUAAAUACGUAAAACACAUAAAACUUUUUAAAUAUAUAAUUUUU